AUGGCUGCAAGGUUACUGCUCCGCUCGGCUUUUAGAGCUGCCACAACAUGCCGAUCUGCCCGGGUUCCCGUUAUGACCCGCACUAUGGCUGGAGGAAUUCCCAGUGAUAAAGACCAGGCCACUGGACUUGAGAAGGUCAUCAUGCGGGCCAUGGAAGAAGGAACAGAUCCUUACAGCAUGAUGAAGCCAAAGGAAUACGCAGGCUCUAAGAGCGACCCUCAUCUUGUCCCUUCUAUCAGUAACAAAAGAAUCGUUGGCUGCGUGUGUGACGAAGACAACACAGCAGUGAUUUGGUUCUGGCUGCAUGAAGUUUAUCAGUCUGGAACAAGUUAUAAAUCCCCAUGGAGUUUUGAUGGAAACCUGAGCAGGUGUACCCUUCGCAGCUACACACCAGUGGGGGGCCCUGACGCACAGGGUUUGAUAAGCAAAUAUGUGAAAUCUGCGGUCAUAAGUCUGCCUCGAGACCCAUACUGUCCCACAACUCCAGCAGAUUAG